AUGUCGAUUGACCUCAACUGGGAGACGGUCACGGGUGGCCCGGAUGGGCAGGAGCUGGCAUCCCAGAUCCGGGACUUCAUUCAUACCAAGUUCCAGUCGGUGCCGCUGCCGCGCUUCAUCAAGUCUGUCACUGUCCAUGAUUUCCAAUUCGGAGCUAUUCCGCCUGAAAUCGAGCUCAAGGACAUCACAGACCCGCUGCCCGAUUUCUACGAGGACCAUGUCGAUUCGGACAUAGCGUCGGAUGACUCCGAAGGCGAGGAUGAUCUCGCGGAGAGUCGAGUCUUAGAUGAGCGGCGUCGGCGACUCGCCGAAUCCGAGGUUCAACCCGGCGGGCCCCAAAAUGUCAGCCAUCUACCGCCGCAUCUCACUGGGGGGGAUAUACGGGGCGGAAGUGUACGGAAUGGUGAGACAGGCAGCCCUUUUAUGCGGGUCUCUACACCGGGCAUCCCCGGUGGGACGUCCAACCUUCACUACUUCCACUCGCAUUUAGCGAGCGGGCUAUCGGGAACGCAAACACCUCUUGCCGCGGUCGCCGGCGCCCAGCACCUCAACACCGCUAACUGGCUCGACGGUCACGGCCACAGCUCCUCCGUGCCGAACCUUCACCACUACGCCACCAACCCUGGAGGCAUCAACGGGCGGGGGCGCCUGAUCUUCCCCGAACCAAGCCACAGCCGCCAACCUUCCCAGAGCUCCAUCUCCAUCGGGGAAUCCGGCCCCUCCGUCAGCCUCGCACCCCCUUCGUCAGUCACCUUAGGCAUUCCCUCGCUCAAAGAGAAACACAGCGUCUCGACCUUAGCCCCGACGACAACGUCGUCCGCUCCGUCCCGCCCUCCAACCCGCGACGCCGCGACGGCGCUGGGGGGCUCCGCCAUCGCGGACGACAAUGGGGCUGACAACAAUCCCACCGGUGUUGGGGCCGGUCAACAAUCCAACCAGCAGCAGCAGCAGCGGCAGGAGGAACAACAGGAAGACCGGCCCCGCCUUCGAGACCGCCGCAUCGAGGACAUGCAGGCCGUCUUCCGGAUCCGCUAUGCAGGCGACGUCAAGCUGCUUUUGACAGCUGACAUCCUGCUAGACUAUCCCAUGCCGAGCUUUGUCGGUAUCCCUGUCAGGCUGAGCAUCACGGGGCUGACUUUUGACGGUGUUGGCGUGGUGGCGAAGAUCAGGAAACGGAUGCAUUUCUGCUUCUUGAGUCCCGAGGAUGCUGUGACUGCCGUGGGUAGUGAGGGUCACGAGGUUGAAGGGAACGAGGGCCGGGAACAGACGCCGAAGAAGCGCCAGACUGGGUGCCCAGGGGGCGACAAGCUUGGAGGCCUGCUGCAAGAGAUCAGGGUCGAGAGUGAGAUUGGGCAGCGAGAGAGCGGCAAGCAGAGCUUGAAGAAUGUGGGCAAGGUAGAACGGUUUGUGCUGGAGCAGGUAAGGAGGAUAUUCGAGGAGGAGUUUGUAUACCCGAGUUUCUGGACUUUUCUGGUGUAA